AUGCGGUGGCGCGUCUUCUUCCUUCGGGUUUGUUCGCUGCCGGCGAAGGCAGCUGCCGCUUUCAGGGUGGGUAAAUGCCCCGGUUUGUUUCCAGACGGCGCAUUUACGGACCCCCUCCUUUCCCAGUUGUGCUCGGGAAGCCCUUCUGCCAAUACGGCGGGCUUCGGGGGGAUUUUGGCGCGGGCAGGGCGUUUUGCAUUUUUCAGCGGUGGGGCCUUUGGUGUGAUUGCGUGGCCGCUCGGGUGGGGUUGGAACGGCGAAAGGGUCGAAAGUUACGGGGGGCCAUGGAGGCCCGCGGUCGAAUUUUGGCGCUGCGGGGCGAAGGGGGUGCUGCCGGUUUUCUGG